AGGAGAUUCAGAUGAAAAUAGGUUUUAUGCAAUGAAGGAGUGUAAUCCAUGUGUAAAACAUAAAAAGAGAGAAUGUAAAUGUCAUCAUGGUGAUGAUAUAUGUGAGAUUUGUAAUGAUAAAUGUCCAGAGAAAACAAAAGCCAGGAUUGAAGGAUCAAAAGAUAAAAUUGGACCUUUUGAUUUUGGAGAUUAUCGUUAUUUAGCAGAAUUAGAAAGAAAGAAAAAUAAAGAAUUUGAUGCUAUUAUAGAAGGAAAUGAAAUGUUAAUUAAUGGUGCUACACUAUUAGAAGUUUUUAGAUACAAUAGAGAUAAAGUUACAUAUUCUAGUAAUUAUUCUAAUAUGAGUAGUAUUCAUCGGGAUAUAAAACGAGAAAAAAGAAUGAAAAGAGGUUAUAGAAUUUGGCGUCCACCAGUUUUUUAUUUUUAUGGGGAAUCAGGAAGUGGUAAGACAAGUUUAAUAGAAGAAUUAUUUGGAGAUGAAUUAUUUUCAAAGGAUGAAAAAAUAAGGGGAGGUGCAAGUUGGUGGAACGGUUACGAAGGACAUCAAAUUGUAUUAAUUGAUGAAUUUUAUACAAAGUUUGAUUGGAAUAGUAUGAUUAAUUUGUUGAAUGAUUCUAAAUGUAAUCUUCAUAUGAAAUAUGGUUUACCUGAACCAUUUGUUCCAUUUAUUAUUUUUUUAACGAGUCCAAAACCACCUGAAGAAGCAUAUAAUUUUGGUCAAAAUGGUCAUAAGGAAGAUUCAAAUAAACGUAAUUUUAGGCAAUUUGUGAGGAGAUUAAAUUUUGUUGUGGAAUUUUCCGGAUUUUGGGAUGAUGACAUAGAAAAAAGAACUACUAGUAUUUCUUUUAGAGAAUCACCAUUAGAACGUGUUUAUUGGGGUAAUGAAGAAGAAUUUAGGUCAAUGAACUGGGAUAUUAAAUUUAAAAGGGGUAAAUGUACGAUUGAACAAACUGUUAAAAAGGCAGAGAUGUUUACUGAGGGAAUUGAAGGUGAAUAUUUUGAUGUUGAUGGAAAAGUUUAUUGGCGACGAAAAUUUCCAGAUUAUUUGAAAAGAUAUUUACGAGAUUAUCCAAAAUGUAAAGAAAUGAGUGAAUAUGUAGAAGAAUCAAAUAAAGAACAAAAUAAAAAUAAUUUAAAUAUAAAUAGUAAACGAAUAUCUGAAGAAUUAGUAAGUAGUGAUAGUAAUAAGAAAAGGAGAUAUGAUAAUGAAAAUGAAGAAAUGGAAAUAGAUGAUAAUAGUGAUAAUAAUGUAACAAAUAGUGAUGUAGAAUAUUAA